GAGAGCAGCCCCCUGGUUGGACAAGAGAUGACCACCCUUUCAGAUACUACUUCGGAGCCAUUUUUAUCUAGAGGUUUAGAAUGUAGAACCAGAGCAGAAGCUGAUAUUGUGCUGCUGGUGGAUGGCUCAUGGAGUAUUGGACGGCCAAAUUUUAAAACUAUCAGGAACUUCAUUGCUCGUAUUGUUGAAGUUUUUGAUAUUGGUCCUGACAAAGUACAGAUUGGUCUUGCACAGUAUAGUGGAGAUCCCAGAACAGAAUGGAAUCUCAAUGCUUACCGAACCAAACAGGCUUUGUUAGAGGCUGUAGCCAACUUACCAUACAAAGGAGGCAAUACUCUAACAGGAAUGGCCUUGGAUUUCAUCUUAAAAAACAACUUCAAACAAGACGCAGGCUUAAGGCCCAGAGCUCGCAAAAUCGGUGUUCUCAUCACUGAUGGCAAAUCACAAGAUGAUGUAGUCACCCCUUCAAGGAGACUCAGAGAUGAAGGGGUGGAACUUUAUGCAAUUGGUAUUAAAAAUGCAGAUGAAAAUGAACUGAAGCAGAUUGCAACGGAUCCAGAUGAUAUCCAUGCUUACAAUGUUGCAGAUUUCUCCUUCCUGGCUAACAUUGUUGAUGAUGUAACCACAAAUCUGUGUAAUAGUGUGAAAGGUCCAGGUGAUUUGCCACCUCCCUCUAACAUAGUUAUUUCAGAAGUGACACCUCGUUCUUUCAGACUGAGAUGGAGCCCACCUCCUGAGAGUGUUGACAGAUAUAGAGUUGAAUAUUACCCUACCUCUGGAGGUAGCCCUCAGCGGUUUUAUGUAAGUAGGAUGGAAACCACGACAGUUCUGAAAGAUCUGAAACCUGAAACAAAAUAUGUUGUUAACGUGUUUUCUGUGGUAGAAGAUGAAAGCAGUGAACCUCUAAUCGGCAGCGAAACAACUUUGCCAAUCUCUUCAGUUAGAAACUUGAAUGUUUAUGACAUUGGAUCAACUUCCAUGCGAGUAAGGUGGGAACCUCUCAAUGGGGCUACUGGUUAUUUGUUAACGUAUGAACCUGUGAAUGCCACAGUCCCAACCACAGAAAAAGAGAUGCGUGUUGGGCCAUCAGUCAAUGAGGUGCAGCUGGUAGAUCUCAUCCCAAAUACUGAGUACACUUUGACAGCUUAUGUAUUGUUUGGUGAUAUGACCAGUGACCCACUCACCACCCAGGAAGUGACAUUACCUUUACCUGGACCCAGAGGCUUAACAAUUCAGGAUGUUACUCACAGCAGCAUGAAUAUCCUUUGGGAUCCUGCCCCAGGGAAAGUUCAAAAAUACGUCCUAAGAUACAAAAUAGCUGAUGAAGCUGAUGUGAAGGAGGUGGAAAUUGACAGACUGAAAACCAGCACUACUCUCUCUGACCUUUCCUCCCAAACACUGUAUAAUAUAAAAGUUGUUGCUGUGUAUAAUGAAGGGGAAUCCCUACCAAUAAAUGCAGAAGCUGUCACUCAGCCUGUGCCAGCACCCGCCAAUCUCAGAAUCACAGAUAUAACCACAAAUAGUUUCAGAGGAACUUGGGAUCAUGGAGCUCCAGAUGUCUCUCUAUAUAGAAUAACCUGGGGACCCUAUGGAAGAUCAGAAAAACAUGAGACUAUCUUAAAUGGGGAUGACAACAGUUUGGUCUUUGAAAAUCUCAAUCCAGAUACAUUAUAUGAUAUCUCAGUUACUGCCAUUUAUCCUGAUGAAUCAGAAAGUGAUGACCUCAUUGGCAGUGAACGAACAUUACCUUUGAUACCUAUCACCACACAAGCCCCAAAGAGUGGCCCACGAAACCUUCAGGUGUACAAUGCAACGUCACACAGUUUGACUGUGAAGUGGGAUCCUGCUAGUGGCCGAGUGCAGAGAUACAGGAUCCUUUACCAACCUAUCAGUGGGGAUGGCCCUGAACAGUCGACUAUGGUUGGAGGGCGGCAGAACAGUGUGGUGAUACAGAAGCUGCAGCCUGACACACCAUAUGCUAUUACUGUGUCAUCAAUGUAUGCAGAUGGGGAAGGGGGACGAAUGACAGGACGAGGCAGAACCAAACCUCUCACUACUGUGAAGAACUUGGUAAUUUAUGAUCCAACCACUAGUACUCUGAACAUUCGAUGGGAUCAUGCAGAAGGAAGUCCUCGUCAGUAUAAGGUGUUUUAUGGACCUACAGCUGGAGGUGCAGAAGAAAUGACCACAGUACCAGGAAACACAAACUAUGUCAUUCUGAGGACUCUUGAACCCAACACACCUUACACUGUAACUGUGGUUCCAGUUUUUCCAGAAGGGGACGGUGGACGUGUCUCUGAUACUGGAAGAACUUUGGAGAGAGGAACACCAAGAAACAUUCAAGUUUACAAUCCCACACCAAACAGCAUGAAUGUCCGAUGGGAACCUGCUCCAGGUCCAGUACAGCAAUAUAGAAUUAAUUACGCUCCACUGUCUGGCCCAAGGCCAUCAGAAUCUAUUGUGGUACCAGGUAACACUCGUGAUGUGAUGCUGGAGCGCUUGACUCCUGACACUGCUUACUCAAUAAACGUUGUAGCUCUGUAUGCAGAUGGAGAAGGAAAUCCAAGCCAAGCACAGGGGAGAACAUUGCCUCGCAGUGGUCCAAGGAAUGUGAGAGUGUUCGAUGAGACCACAAAUAGCCUUUCUGUUCAAUGGGACCAUGCUGAUGGGCCAGUUCAGCAGUACAGAAUCAUUUAUUCACCCACUGUGGGAGACCCCAUCGAUGAAUAUACAACAGUUCCUGGGAUAAGAAAUAAUGUAAUACUACAACCACUACAAUCAGAUACACCAUAUAAAAUUACUGUUGUGGCUGUGUACGAAGACGGAGAUGGUGGACAACUGACUGGAAAUGGCAGAACUGUUGGCCUGCUUCCUCCUCAGAAUAUGUAUAUAACUGAUGAAUGGUAUACACGAUUCAGAGUUUCCUGGGAUCCUUCACCAUCCCCUGUUCUUGGCUAUAAAAUUGUCUACAAACCUGUGGGUUCAAAUGAGCCCAUGGAGGUUUUUGUGGGAGAAGUGACUUCCUACACCUUGCAUAAUCUGUCUCCCAGUACUACUUAUGAUGUGAAUGUUUAUGCCCAGUAUGAUUCUGGAAUGAGUAUACCUUUGACAGAUCAAGGCACUACAUUAUAUUUGAAUGUCAGUGACCUAACAAGUUACAAAGUUGGUUGGGAUACUUUCUGUAUCCGAUGGUCACCACAUCGGUCAGCAACUUCCUACAGACUGAAGUUAAACCCAGCUGAUGGUUCUAGAGGGCAGGAAAUCACAGUACGUGCAUCAGAAACGAGCCAUUGUUUUACUGGCCUCUCACCAGACACAGAAUACAAUGCUACCAUCUUUGUUCAGACCCCUAACCUCGAGGGACCUCCAGUCUCUAUGGGGGAGCAUACAGUCCUCAAACCUACAGAGGCACCAACUCCACCACCUACACCUCCUCCACCUCCUACAAUCCCUCCAGCUCGGGAUGUAUGCAGAGGUGCCAAAGCAGACAUAGUAUUCUUGACUGAUGCUUCCUGGAGUAUUGGUGAUGAUAACUUCAACAAAGUAGUGAAAUUUGUUUUUAAUACAGUAGGAGCCUUUGACUUGAUUAAUCCUGCUGGAAUCCAGGUUUCAUUUGUGCAGUACAGUGAUGAGGCAAAAUCUGAAUUUAAACUGAAUACUUUUGAUGACAAGGCCCAGGCCCUGGGAGCUCUUCAAAAUGUUCAGUACAGAGGAGGAAACACGAGGACAGGCAAAGCCCUAACAUUUAUCAAAGAAAAGGUUUUGACUUGGGAGAGUGGCAUGAGGAGAGGUGUUCCCAAGGUACUUGUUGUUGUCACAGAUGGUCGGUCUCAGGAUGAGGUGAGGAAAGCAGCAACAGUCAUACAGCACUCUGGCUUCAGCAUCUUUGUGGUUGGUGUGGCCGAUGUAGAUUACAAUGAGCUGGCCAAGAUUGCCAGCAAGCCCAGUGAGCGUCAUGUGUUUAUUGUUGAUGACUUUGAUGCCUUUGAAAAGAUUCAAGAUAACCUUGUCACCUUUGUGUGUGAGACAGCUACCUCAACUUGUCCUCUCAUUUACUUGGAGGGUUACACUUCACCUGGUUUCAAGAUGUUGGAAUCAUAUAAUCUGACAGAGAAGCAUUUUGCUUCUGUACAAGGCGUGUCACUGGAAUCGGGCUCUUUCCCAAGCUAUGUAGCAUAUAGACUCCACAAAAAUGCCUUUGUCAGCCAACCAAUACGGGAGAUUCACCCAGAGGGAUUGCCACAGGCAUACACUAUCAUUCUGUUAUUCCGUCUUCUGCCUGAAUCCCCCAAUGAGCCUUUUGCAAUUUGGCAGAUUACAGACAGAGAUUACAAACCACAAGUUGGAGUUGUGCUUGAUCCUGCCAGCAAAGUGCUGUCAUUCUUUAACAAGGAUACAAGUGGAGAGGUUCAAACUGUAACUUUUGAUAAUGAUGACGUAAAGAAAAUCUUUUAUGGAAGUUUCCAUAAGGUCCAUAUUGUUGUAACUUCGUCACAUGUUAAGAUUUAUAUCGACUGCAGUGAAAUACUGGAAAAACCAAUUAAAGAGGCUGGGAACAUCACAACUGAUGGCUAUGAAAUACUUGGGAAACUUCUAAAAGGCGACCGGAGAUCAGCAACAUUAGAAAUCCAGAAUUUUGACAUUGUAUGUAGUCCAGUUUGGACUAGCAGAGACAGAUGCUGUGAUCUUCCUUCUAUGAGAGAUGAAGCAAAAUGCCCAGCUCUUCCAAAUGCUUGUACCUGUACUCAAGACAGUGUGGGACCUCCAGGACCCCCUGGACCAGCUGGUGGCCCAGGUGCUAAAGGUCCCAGAGGUGAAAGGGGUUUGACUGGAUCAUCUGGGCCGCCUGGUCCUCGUGGUGAGACGGGUCCUCCUGGCCCUCAAGGUCCCCCAGGUCCACAGGGCCCCAACGGGCUGUCUAUCCCAGGUGAACCGGGUCGUCAAGGAAUGAAAGGUGAUGCUGGCCAGCCUGGACUACCAGGGCGAUCGGGAACGCCAGGUUUACCUGGUCCACCUGGACCAAUGGGACCUCCAGGAGAAAGGGGUUUCACAGGAAAAGAUGGUCCUACAGGUCCCAGAGGCCCACCAGGACCAGCGGGUGCCCCAGGAGUUCCAGGAGUUGCUGGCCCAAGUGGAAAACCAGGAAAGCCAGGAGACCGUGGGACACCAGGUGCACCUGGAAUGAAGGGAGAAAAAGGUGACAGAGGUGACAUUGCUUCUCAGAACAUGAUGCGAGCAGUUGCAAGACAAGUUUGUGAACAACUGAUAAAUGGUCAAAUGAGCAGGUUCAAUCAAAUGCUGAAUCAAAUCCCAAAUGAUUAUUAUUCAAACCGUAACCAGCCAGGGCCACCGGGACCACCUGGUCCCCCAGGAGCUGCUGGGACUAGAGGAGAGCCUGGACCUGGGGGAAGACCAGGAUUCCCAGGACCUCCUGGGGUCCAAGGACCACCCGGUGAAAGAGGAAUUCCUGGAGAGAAAGGUGAAAGAGGGACUGGAUCUCAAGGACCACGAGGUUUGCCAGGGCCACCUGGUCCACAGGGAGAAUCUAGAACUGGUCCACCAGGCUCCACAGGAUCACGAGGACCACCAGGGCCACCAGGUCGUCCUGGAAAUGCGGGUAUUCGAGGUCCCCCAGGACCGCCAGGAUAUUGUGAUUCAUCCCAAUGUGCUAGCAUCCCUUACAAUGGCCAAGGAUUCCCAGGUUUCGGCUAACACAUUUUCUAAGUCGCCAGUGCUGCUUACAGUUUGAAUACAUGAAAAUCCUGUUUCUGAGAUGUUUGCGCACGUGCUUAUUAGAAAAUGAGUCCGUAUGGAUAUUUCACCACGGAUAUGGUUUUUGAACCAUGUUGGCCUCAUAGAAUGGGGAGAUUCCUUUUACUAACACAACUUGUUAAUGAGAUAAAGGACAGUGAUGUCAGUUCAUUAAUCCUGUUGCAUUUCAAUAGUAAAAUAGACAGUCUUUCUUUUUUAAAAAAAGACCCAGACCAUCAAAAGCCUUAGUGGUGAAGGAGGCUUAUAAAACUACUAACCAGCAAAGGUAAUGCCGUUAGAAGAGACAGACUUAACCUGGUAAAUGAGAAACGACUUAUGUAAAUAGUAAACUAAUUGUGGCUUGUAAAUGAUUUGUAUGGGACUGUAUCCACUAAAAUCUGUUAACAACUCUAUGUGAUGCUUUUGCAUAAAAGCCUGCUGCUGCUUGCUAUUAGCUGGAAUAACAUCUUUGACAACUUAUGAAAUCUGCCUGUCUGUUGCUUGUUACCAACAUGUCAGAAUCGGGGCAUGAGCCUUUUUUUCAUAUGUUAUCUUGUUGGAUUCUGUAACUGCAGUUAUAAAUACCAAAGUUUUAUAAUUAUUUUUCUUCUGUUUUGCUGUAGUUUUUGGUGUUCCUGAAGCACCAGCUGUAACUCGGUUUGUUACGAGGAACAGCACGAGAAAAUGACAUGUACUGUAUAUUGCCGCUGGUGAUAGUUAUGUCUACACUUUCCCAUUUCUUAGAGAAAAUCAGUGUAUGCCAAACCCACCUGUUCAUUUACCUGCUUCAUGUCUUCUACUAAUUACACAGUUUAAAAUAAAGCCCAGUGCUUGGAUUUACCAAAGUAGCUGUAAAAUAAUAUUUUAAUUUGAUUUGCUUUGUGUUUUUUUUUUUUUUUUUGUUUAGUUCUGCAAUAAUUGGUCCCUUGCAUAAUUUAAGACUCUUUCUGCAAUGUUUUGUGUAUUAUAAAUACAAAACCUUUUAAAAUUAAUUUAAAAUUUUAUUGUUUUACUGCCAAAGACUAUUAAUGAACAAAAGAGAAAAACACCCCAGUGAACUAUUAAUUUAUAUAUUUAUUAUAUGGAAAUAAGAUUGGACUAACAUUAUGUAGACAAACUAACCUUCAUUGUAUUUGUGGAUUCAAAGACAUGCGAUAACUAUUAUGUUCAAUCGGACAACUAUUUUCAACCAGAACCAUAUGUGCCUGAAAGUGGACCCUAUCAACCUGAAGGUGAACCCUUUGUAGUACCUAUGGAGUCAGAAAGGAGAGAGGACGAGUAUGAGGACUAUGGCGUUGAAAUGCAUUCACCAGAAUACCCUGAGCACAUGCGCUGGAAAAGAUCACUGUCAAGAAAAGCACAAAACAACCCAUAAAAGAUCUGUGUCUUGUUU